CCAGUGACUGUCGACCGAGAAUUGCCAGACCCCUUUGCCAACCAGAAGAAGAACAGAAAGUACUUUGUCUCAUAUGCUAUUGGAAUCACACUCGCCUGUGCCAUCAUCUUCAACUACGAAAAGACCAGAUCGCCCAUCACCAACUCUACCUUGUACUUUUUGCGUAGAUCGGCUCUUGCCAAGGAGCAUUUGGGAGAGGGGAUCGACUUCAGAAGCUCGUGGCCGUGGAUUUCUGGGCCGUUGAACACCGUUAAAGGUGAUAUCGAUAUCAGUUUCGUCGUCCAGGGUUCCAAGAGCAAGGGUGUCUUGAAGUUGAAGGCUAGCAGAGACACGAAGUUGCACCCUUUUGAAGUUCACCAUUUCAUUUUGGAAGUGACUGACAGCAAUGGCCAGGCUGUGGAGUACGACUUGACGAAGGACCCUGCAGUUGAGUUUGACAUUUAG